ACAGCAGACGAUGUAUCUUUGCUUGGGUCCACAAAUGUCUGGCAAGACCCUUCUGCUGAAGUGUUUGCAGCAUAAAGAAAUCGACGAAGCUACACACACAGUUCCUACCAAUGGAACAAACAUGUUUACAAUAAGAAAUGACAAUGGUCACUUUGAGGUAGUAAUCAGGGAGCUCGGUGGUGUGGUAGCACCAAUAUGGAAACAUUAUUUCUUACGGGUGCGUAAGAUAAUCUACGUUGUUGACACCAGCAACCUUUGUCAAAUAAGUGCAGCAGGUGUGUUGCUGUAUUCAUUGCUGGUAGAACCACGACUGCAACAUGUAAAAAUUGCACUAGUUCUUGCAAAGAUGGACCUAUCCUAUCGACAGAUGAGAAACGAGGCUUUGCUUAUGCUGCAAUUGACGCGAUUGUGUAAAGAGAUAACGCAGAAAAUAACAGUCAUCCAAACAAGCGCAAUGACUGGCGAAGGUUUAGAAGAAUUAAGACAAUGGAUAUUUGAUCCCGAAACAGUAAGGGCUGCAAUUGCUGCAAACUUAUGAGACAAUCCAAAUUUUGAAAUGUUAAGAGAUUGUGGUAGAUCAAAUUUACAAGUCGGUUGAGAAGCAUAGUUGAAAAUAAA